AUGGAAAUUUUCCUGAAGAUCCAGUUCGAGAUGUGGAUGACCGUCAAGACUGGGUUUGAACUACCGACUGAUGGAGAUGACAAACCAAUACCCUGCGAAGACUGGGAUCCAGCUUUAAUCAAGAAGGUGGCAGCAAAUGUCAGAGCAAAUUGCACCCUCCGGUGUGGACUAACAAAGGAGGAACUCAACCGCAUCAGCCCUUUUUCAAGCGCCAAGGAGUUGUGGAAGAAGUUGAUCGAACUUCAUGAAGGAACACCCGACACCAAAGAAGGCGAGACAGCUACCCAACUCCACGCCCGGAUACAACACCUACUCAACGAGCUUCAUGCGAUCGGGCAAAAGAUUCAGGAUAGUUUAAGGACGUAG